GAGGGGGCUGCAGCCGCUGCCUAGGAGUGUGGCCGUCUCCCAGCGCAAUCCCCCAACCCCCUGCAACGAACCGCAGGGCGGGGACCCCAAGAUCUCCGCUCUGAUCGGUCUCCACUCUCGGGAUGGGGGGCGAGCGAGGGGGCUGGAGAUGCGCGACCGCGAGCCGCGGCGCCCCCGCUCGCCCGCUUGUUGGCUCUUCCCCUUCGUCGGCGCCACGGCGACUCCGCUGAGCUAUAGCUCCGAGCGCGUUCUGGCGGCGAACAGAGCGCCCCGGCGGGAGAGGGAGCCGGCGAGGAAGGGCUUGGGACGUUCAGUGGCAGCACUCCAACAGAGUGAAUGACAUGCACGGUGUGGGGUGUCCUUUCUGAAGGGAGGAGCCUUUCUCUUGGAGAGGAUCCUCGAUGAGCCUGGCCGAGGCCCGAGGCCCGGGGUCUGCGUGAAGAGGACUAAGGAUUAAGUAGGAUGUCAACUGAGACAGAACUUCAAGUAGCUGUGAAAACCAGCGCCAAGAAAGACUCCAGGAAGAAAGGUCAGGAUCGCAGCGAAGCCACUUUGAUAAAGAGGUUUAAAGGCGAAGGGGUCCGGUACAAAGCCAAGCUGAUUGGGAUUGAUGAAGUGUCCGCAGCUCGGGGAGACAAGUUAUGUCAAGAUUCCAUGAUGAAGCUGAAGGGUGUUGUUGCUGGCGCUCGUUCCAAAGGAGAACACAAACAGAAAAUCUUUUUAACCAUCUCCUUUGGAGGAAUCAAAAUCUUUGAUGAGAAGACAGGGGCCCUUCAGCAUCAUCAUGCUGUUCAUGAAAUUUCCUACAUUGCAAAGGACAUCACAGAUCACCGGGCUUUUGGAUACGUUUGUGGGAAGGAAGGGAAUCACAGAUUUGUGGCCAUCAAAACAGCCCAGGCGGCUGAACCUGUUAUCCUGGACUUGAGAGAUCUCUUUCAACUCAUCUAUGAGCUGAAGCAAAGAGAAGAAUUGGAAAAAAAGGCACAAAAGGAUAAGCAGUGUGAACAAGCUGUGUACCAGGUUCCCACCAGCCAAAAGAAGGAAGGUGUUUAUGAUGUGCCAAAAAGUCAACCUGUAAGUAAUAGCCAGCCGCUGGAGGAUUUCGACGCGCGCUUUGCCGCAGCCACGCCGAACGGGAACCUGUCAGUGGACUUUGAUGAGCUUCUUGAGGCGACCAAGGCUGUGACCCAAUUAGAACUUUUUGGAGACAUGUCCACCCCUCCUGAUAUAACCUCUCCCCCUACUCCUGCAACCCCAGGUGAUGCCUUUCUCCCGUCGUCAUCCCAGACGCUUCCGGGGAGUGCAGAUGUGUUUGGGUCUAUGUCUUUUGGCACUGCUGCCGUACCCUCAGGUUAUGUCGCUAUGGGCGCCGUCCUCCCAUCCUUCUGGGGCCAGCAGCCCCUUGUUCAACAGCAGAUGGCCGUGGGUGCUCAGCCACCCGUCGCUCAGGUGAUACCAGGAGCUCAGCCCAUCGCAUGGGGCCAGCCAGGUCUCUUUCCUGCCACCCAGCAACCCUGGCCAACUGUGGCCGGGCAGUUCCCGCCAGCCGCCUUCAUGCCCACACAAACUGUUAUGCCUUUACCAGCUGCCAUGUUCCAAGGUCCCCUCACCCCCCUUGCAACCGUCCCAGGCACGAAUGACUCUGCCAGGUCAAGUCCACAGAGUGACAUGCCCAGGCAGAACAUGGGGAAGGAAAUGUUUAAGGAUUUCCAGAUGGUCCAGCCUCCACCUGUACCCUCCCGAAAGCCUGACCAGCCCUCCCUGACCUGUACCUCAGAGGCCUUCUCCAGUUACUUCAACAAAGUCGGGGUGGCACAGGAUACAGAUGACUGUGAUGACUUUGACAUCUCCCAAUUGAACUUGACCCCUGUGACUUCUACCACACCAUCUACCAACUCACCUCCAACCCCAGCCCCUAGACAGAGCUCUCCAUCCAAAUCAUCAGCAUCCCACGUCAGUGAUCCGACCGCAGAUGAUAUCUUUGAAGAAGGCUUUGAAAGUCCCAGCAAGAGUGAAGAACAGGAAGCUCCUGAUGGAUCACAGGCCUCCUCCACCAGUGAUCCAUUUGGGGAGCCCAGUGGUGAGCCCAGUGGUGAUAAUAUAAGCCCACAAGACGGUAGCUAGAUAGCGCAGGUCUGGGAGCCAGAGCCUCUCUAUGCGCAAAUCAACAGACCUAAGAAAUAGCAUCAAUGUGAGCUCAUGGUGGGUGCUUCACGACCGGCAUGGGAAUCUGCAGUACAACAGGCUCUCUUGGGCUCUCACCUCACCUCAUCCCACAGAAAAACUCACAGUCGCCCAGUGAAACAGCCUGAAGAGGGAACAAAGUGUUUUUUGGGAACCAGUGGCAGACACCUAUGGCAGCACAAAACAAAACAAACAAAACACAACACCCCACAAAAGAACUUAAAAAAAAAACUUGAACAGGACCCAACAUUAAUCACCAGUCAAGCCAAUGCUUAACCAACAAAUACCUUGCGCUCUCUCACUGGGUCUAAGACGCCCCUGGAUUUGAAACCAUUACUGUGUUUUCCUUUUGCUACCUGUUGACCACAGAUUGGGAGUGGCAGGCAUCAGAGAAUUGCAACAAGGUUGGCACUGACUCGUUUUAGGCCAAAGCAAGGGAUCCUCUGUGACCACAGUGUCAUCAUCCAUAUGCCUUCCGGCUGUGGCGACGUGCGUGUGUGCGUGCGUGCGUGGCAUCUCUCCACAGGGCCUGGUCUGCCAUCCUGUCUCCCCUGUCCUUUCUUUGUCCUGUUUGAGAAUUAAUGGGUGUAUAAAUUUUUGUAUUGCUUUUGACUUUUUUAGAAAUGGGUGAAGAAGUCUAAAUGGGGGAGGGAAAGCCUCUUAUGAAGUGAAUUAACUGGAAAUCACAAGGCAAUGAAGUGGUUUGUGAUUCAUUAUGAUCAAGAAUGUUGCCAAAACAACUCUUUAAUUGUCCUGUGUCCUGGUGAAGAAAAAUGGCUUUUGGAUAGAACCUUCGUUCUGGGGGUAGCAAAGGACAUCAAAUCCUAUUGAUGAGAAAGAUGGAAAAUGCAUCCGGUUUCCUCAGAAAUUCUGAACUCUUGAGUACAAUAAAAUGAUGUCUUUAUUUUUCUGAUACUUCGCUGCUGUGAUACUCUGCAGACAAGUGUCUUCUCCAAGCGCCAUUUUCAAAGAAAAGUCAUUUGCCAAAUAAUUCUGGUACAAUUCUGCUAAUGUGGUUUUGAUCUUAGAAACCAACUUUCUAAUCGUAACAUAAAUAUUCCAUGUAACAAACUGAUUCUGUGGUCAAAUGGUUCAUCUCUAUCUCUUUUUGUACAUCAGAAAAUUCAAAUGGGAUUUUUUUUUUUUAUUUUCUAACUUGGAAAGGAAAACCUUACCAUUAAACUCUUUAACUAUUUAAGGGAAAUGGCUUUAAGGAGUUCUAAUGGAAAAAAAACACCUUUUUUGUAAAUAUAAAUGUCAAUAAAGAUGCUUUUUAAUAACGCCAUUACACUGUAGAGAAGGUAGCAGAUGGAGCUUAAGGUGCAAAGGACAUGAUGGGCAGGCUUCACUUUCCAGGUGUGCUUCUGGGAAGACUGGUAGGAAGCCAGAGUUCAAAGACAGGCAGGAGUCCUGGGCCAAUAGCAGUUAGUGAACAGGAGGAGGCGGGGCUCCACCACCAGCUUUCCUGGUGAGUCUUCACAGCCAGAAAGAAAAGAAAGGAGCCUCACACUUGAAAAGUUUGGGAAGUCUCUCACCUCUCCACUCCCACUUACUUGCCCAUAAAUCAUAGAAUUGGUUGUACGUGAACCAGAAGGAUUUUACUUCCUGAUUUUACACAUAUGGGACAACGUUCUAGUGUUCAUUCUUAUGUUUAGCACACAGCUUUCAUAAAGAAUCUAUAUAUUUUUACCCUAUAGAGAACUGUUAUACAGGUCAGAUAUGUUUUCCUGAUGCUCCUAUGCAGUUACAUGUUGGAUAUAGUGGUUUAAGAAGGAAACCCACAAGAAUCAUGUGAUUGGAUCUGGGGGUAAUUACUCUUAUUAAGUUUUAAAAUUUGCAAAGUCAAACUUACCUUGAUAUGACUGGGUGAAAUCAUCUGGUAAGCUUUGACUUCUUCCUAUAGAAACUAAAAUGAUUUUGAAGAUGACAUGACUUCUUCACACAAAAGUCACAAUACAAUAUCAAAGUGAUUGUCAUUAUUUAGAGUCCACAUUUUACACUGGAAUAUAAUUUUCCCAAACAUAAAUGAACCAUAUGUCCACUAGAAAUUAUUACCCUGCGAUGGAAAUGUUACCCUACGGUGGAAGGUCCCAAGAACUAGACAAGAAGAGUUGUCCAUUGCCCUCUGAAGCUGCUACCUGUUUGUACAGGAUUCCCCCAGAAACAUGUAUCCAUGCUAUGUGACCCUCUCAUGUAAAUUGGAAAUGGGAGGUAUAAUGGCCACAAAUUGUCUGGAAAGCAGUCCUGCUUCUCUGAAGUGUUGGCAAGAUAGGUGGUUGCUGUGGCAAACAACUUCAGUGGCUAUGGAUUCAUGGUGCUGGGUCAGUGUGAAUGGUACCGUCCCCCUCAGUGUGGCUGUCUGAGGUUGUCCAUCGGUGUCACACCCUUAUCCCCAUCCUUUGGGUCACUAUGACACGAAGUGAACUCUGAGGUUGCUGUUUUCAGGUGUGCCAACUGCAGUUAGUUUUAAAGCAGGUGGUGACAGCCCAGCCAAUCACCAUCCUUCACUGAACAUGACUGUAACUGGAUAUGAACUUAAGGAAGAUGCUCAGAUAACACAUUAAAAUGAGGGAGAUAAAGUCAAGAUUUUAAACUGCCGUCUAUCUAUAUUUUCAUUGGCAGAAUACUGUUUUUUUUUCUUUCCAAGCACCAUUUGGUAAAUUCAGAACCACUCUACCCCUAUCCCAGGAAUAUGGUGACAUGACAUAUAGGAACAGGAGCUGAGGUACCAAUUCCAAAAGAGCAUGGGGAGUCUGCACAGUUCUGCUUAGAUCGAGAGGAAGAGUCACAUCUACAAUGCUUGCUUCCUCAUCUUCUAUCAGCACUAAAUUUGUCACUUUAAAUUUUGAAACCAGGGAAAUGCCACCUGCAAUUCUGUCCCCAUUCUCCAUAGCUCUUUGAUCUUUACUUACCACAAGACUUUUUUGAUAACUCGUAUCCAUCCCAGUGUCUAGAGAAACCCCAUCAUGUAAUGUACCGGGCACCUUCUUUUAAAAAAAAUGUUUACUCCGUGGGUUUGGUUCCUUUCAAUUUCUGCGUUCUGACACAUAUUUUUUUAAUAAAGAUGAGAAAGAGAAAAUGACUGUUGCAGCACGUUUCUAGACCUACUUUACCUCAGAUGACAGUUUGUUAACAUAGAUGGACACAUUAUUUUUAACUUUAUGUACAAUGCAUUCAACAGAACAGCAAAGUUUUUAGAAAUUUUCCAUUAAUUUCUGUAACACGCCAUGUAAACCGGUUACAAAUAAACACA